UAAUGCUUAAUAGUAUUCAUUCUUAAGAUGUAUCUUAUGGAUCAGGUUCCAGAGGAUAAGUUAUCACAUGUAAAUAUAUUAAAUAAAAAAAUCAAAAUCAAAAUCAAAGGUAAUCUAAGUGAUAAUGAUAUGGAUAGCUUAUUUACUAUUAAAUUUGGAUAAGGAUAACCUGUUUAGACAUACAAUAGUCCUGUAAAAUGUGGAGAUAUAAUUAGAUUGGAACACAUAAACACUAAAAAAAAUCUUCAUUCACAUAAUUAUAAAUCCGCAAUUAGUAAUAAAUAAGAAGUUUCCGGUUUUGGUAAUAAUGGCUAAGGAGAUUUGAAUGAUAAUUUUAUUAUUGAAUGUAUCAAUGGUCAAAAAGGAAGUGACUUAUUGGCUAGCUUUGAAUUUUACCUACAACAUUAAUUAUCAAAAUUAUAUUUAAGUAGUAGCAAAAGGUUUAACUACAAUAGAUCAAAUUGUGGUUAUAAUUGUCCAAUUAUUGAUUAAUUAGAAGUAAAUUGCUAAUCUAAUAAGGAUGCUGAUAGUAAAUGGAAAGUUGUUGGGGGUCUAAUUUUAUAAAAAAGUUAAUGGUAAAAUAAUAAUGUAGAUGAUUCUUAUGAUGAUGAAGUUUAUGAAUAACCUUAAAAUAAAGAAUAGUUAGACGAUGAAGUAUAUGAAGAAGUAUAAUUUAAAAAAAUAACGGACUUAUGAUUAUGAAAAAUAAAAAUCUAUAUAUUAUAAAUU